ACUUUCGACUCCUCCCGCUCCUCCCACUAAGAAAAAUAGUAGGCGGGGGUAUGCACCUAAACAGAUGGGAUGAGAGCAUUGUCUUUAAUCUGUCUCUGUUACCUCUGCAUGGAGACAUGCGGACGAUUUUCCUGCAUUUAUAGACCCAGAUGAAUAUUGUCAGAAGAAGACAUCGCCAGGUUCUGAUGCAAUAACGUUUAUACUUCGAGGAUUCCCUUUGUUUCCAACUCGGUCACCCGGUUGCUGGAGAGACAGCGGAGCUGAAUCGGUCAAUCAUUUCGUCUCGCAAACCGAUCUGUCGCUGGCUGGCGAAGGGGACAUGAAUAUCUGAGAAUCUCUCUGGUGACGGCCAUCAGAAGAGAGACAUCGGUGGCAUCAUACCACAAAUCGCAUAGGUGGACAGGACACAGGGGCGAAGGGAGAGACAUUAAUCAGCAGUGUAUUUCUACUCCUCCUGCAGCAAUGCCAGGGUUUGAUUACAAGUUUCUGGAGAAACCGAAGAGACGGUUUCAAUGUCCCUUAUGCAGUAAAGCCAUGCGAGACCCUGUUCAAGUUUCUACGUGUGGCCACCGAUUUUGUGACACCUGUCUACAAGAAUUUUUAAGUGAGGGGGUCUUCAAGUGCCCAGAGGACCAGCUGCCCCUAGACUAUGCCAAGAUCUACCCUGACCCAGAGCUGGAGCAGCAGAUCCUGGCUCUGCCCAUCCGCUGCAUCCACAGUGAGGAAGGCUGUCGCUGGACCGGACAGAUGAAGCAGCUCCAGGGUCACUUCUCCACCUGCGCCUUCAAUGUGAUUCCCUGCCCCAACCGCUGCUCCAUCAAGCUGACGCGCCGUGACCUGCCCGACCACCUGCAGCACGACUGCCCCAAGCGCAAGGUCAAGUGCGAGUUCUGCGGGAGCGAGUUCACCGGGGAGGCCUAUGAGAACCAUCAGGGUAUCUGUCCCCAGGAGAGUGUGUACUGUGAGAAUAAGUGUGGUGCGCGGAUGAUGCGCCGCCUCCUGUCCCAGCACAGUCUGGCUGAGUGUCCCAAGCGCACGCAGCCCUGCAAGUACUGUGGCAAGGAGUUUGUCUUCGACACCAUCCAGAACCAUCAGUACCACUGCCCUCGGUUUCCAGUCGCAUGUCCAAACCAGUGUGGCACCCCCAACAUAGCCCGGGAGGACUUGGCCAAUCACGUGAAGGAGAACUGUGGCAGUGCCCUCAUCCUCUGCCCCUUCAAAGAUGCCGGCUGCAAACACAGGUGCCCAAAACUGGCGAUCGGGCGUCACCUGGAGGACACGACCAAGUCCCACCUGACCAUGAUGUGCAGCCUGGUGGGGCGCCAGCGACAGGAGAUCCUUGAGCUGCGGAGGGAGAUGGAGGAGCUGUCAGUCAGCAACGAUGGAGUGCUCAUCUGGAAGCUCAGCGAUUACUCCCGGAAACUCCAGGAGGCCAAGCUUCGGAAUAACCAUGAGUUCUUCAGUCCGCCCUUCUACACCCAUCGCUACGGCUACAAGCUGCAGGUGUCUGCGUUUCUCAACGGUAACGGCAGUGGGGAGGGCUCGCACCUGUCCAUCUACAUCCGGGUGCUGCCGGGGGAGUACGACAACCUGCUCGAGUGGCCCUUCUCAUACAAGGUGACCUUCUCCAUCAUGGAUCAGAGCGACCCGUCGCUGUCCAAGCCCCAACACAUCACAGAGACCUUCAACCCUGACCCCAACUGGAAGAACUUCCAGAAGCCGUGCAGCACCCGUAACUCGCUGGAUGAGAGCACCCUGGGCUUCGGCUACCCCAAGUUCAUCUCCCACGACGAGAUCAAGAAGAGGAACUAUGUCCGGGACAACUCCCUCUUCCUCAAGGCUUCCAUAGAGAUCCCCCAGAAGAUCAUGGCCUGAGGGAUAGCUGGUUUUGGUUUAUCAGGAGGGAAGGGAGGGUGAAAGACAGGCUUGAGACUGAUAUGACACUUAUCUUGAGAACUUCACCACACUUAUUCUUUAGACACUGACUGACUGUCCAUAUCCAUAUAGCCACUCCACUGUAGGAGCUGCUAGUCUGUUGGCUUGUGUUGGAGGACUGGACUGGAGGAUCCCGCUAUAUUUAAAUGGUAGAGAAUUCUAAGUGUUAGGUCUGCAGAAACCAUCACUCUCUGAUUCUUAUUUGUAAAUGUUUAUUUUCUAACAUUUUUCUUCUCAAUCUGCAACAAAAAGCCUUGGAAAUCGACAGUGCCUCGAAAGUUUAUUUUAAGUUAUAUUUUGUUGUUUUUCUACAGCACAGAUGUAAAUAUUAAGAAAUGAUUGAGAGAUGUUCUGGGGCUGGAAGGCGUUCUUAAGCCUUUGCACUUAGAAAUCAUGGUUGGCUCUGGUUUGAACCAUCCCAUCUAAUCACGAGCGGUCCAAAGAAUAGGGCAAAGCUCAGGCUAGUGGAAGAAGCUCAUCACACUCUCAAGCCCAACUGCCGUUUGUUUACAUGCUCUUAUAGUAUCUCCCACUGAUCCUUUAACAAAUUCAAAGCUCUUGGUUAGCAAAUUUGAGAUUGCUGUUAAGCCCUUUGUCAGCAAACAAUAUUACAGCUGUGAAUUAAGUGUGUCAC